AUGUCUUUUAACCGACAAUUCCUGGAAGCCUCUCCGCUCUCCACCAGUCCGCCUGCCUCGCCCUGGCGCGCGCGAGCUGAAGUCCUGCGCCGCCGGCCGCUCCGCUUUCGCCAGAUCGCCUUCGUCAUCGCGUCUGUCACGUUCCUCUGCUCUUUUGUCUUUCUCUCGCGCUAUCGUGCCGACGACCGCCGCGUAUGGAUAUCCCUGGAGGACGAGUACCCGUCGGACCUGCAGGUUGUUGACACCGGCGGUCUGGCUGCACACGGCGGACAAAGGCUUCCUCCACAACACCAACACGCACAUGUACCCGCGCUCGCGCCCCAAGUCCCGGUCCCAGAUACCCUACAUCAGGACGAUACCCACGUGAAGGAACCUCCAAAACCUCCAGAGGCAGUCGUGUUCUCUCUCAUCAUGUUCUCGGAGGACUCAGCAGUUGAGGGUGCUAUGCUCAUGAAGUCUAUACUUAUGUAUACGUCUAUGCCUGUUGAGUUCCACAUCGUCUGUGACGAGGCCGCGCAAGCAUACCUCGAAAAUCGCGUCCGCCUAAUAACACGUCCCGCGCACGACAUCCUCGUCCGCUUCUACCUGCUUUCAUGGCAAAGCAUGGCUGACCGCAUCGACCGCGAGGGCACGAUCAUGACCGACCACUCCGCCGGCGUCCCCGGCCUCAUGAAGCUCUUCAUCCACGAGAUCCUCCCCCCGUCCGUCCCGCGCGCCAUCUUCAUCGACACCGACGCGCUCUUCAUCUCGGACCCCGCGCUGCUCUGGGACCGCUUCGCGCAGCUCGCGCCCGGCGCCGCGAUCGCGAUCCCGACGCACCCCGAGAUGAGCGCGGCGGAGUGGCACCACGCGAACCGCAUCUGCUCGUGCAUCAUGCUGCUCGACCUCGCGCGCCUCCGCGCGCUGCGCCUCAUGGACUCGCGCGUGUACCGCGCGCACGGCGGCGUGCGCGCGCUCGGCCCGCAGGCGUUCCGCGCGAUGUACGGGCCCCCCGGGCCCAGCGGCCGCUUCGAGGACGUCAAGCUCGGCGACCAGGGCUACUGGUACGCGCUCGUGAGCCACCGGCCGGACCUCACGGAGCACCUGGGCUUCGAGUGGGAGGUGUCGAGCUGCCUGCUGGACAUGUACCUCACGGGCCUGGGCGACGACGCGCGCGGCGUGGAGGACGAGCAGCGCGGGCAGGUGCACACGGUCAGCACGCCGCAGGAGGGCGAGGCGGUCCUGCCGAAAAUGCUCCACUUCAACUGCCUCGACGGCACGCCGCACUACUUUGAGUGGGAGGGCUGGGCGGAUCCCGAGAACAGCCUGACGAAGCGAUGGUGGCCCGCGGUGCAGUACCACAUCGGGUACAAGUGGAUAUGGCUGAAUGCACACCGUGCGAAGGGCACGCUCCGGAUAGAGGUCGAGCGGGACGUCAAGUUCGCAGACGAGCUCCUGGAGCAGGAACUGAUGGAGUCUCGGGCGGACGAACAGAGCUGAAUGUCAGUGGGCACGCGGGGUGGGAUGUUCCCUGUUCAACGUGUGUAUCAUUAGAUCUAGAUAGUGGUGUUAUAUUGGUUGCUUAUCUACACCGUAAUACUUAAUUGCACAUA